AUGACAGCAAAUGCCCGGGAUUCACGAGAAUUGGAAAACUUGAAAGUUUUGGAAAGGCAUUCUCGAGGGAGACUUGCUUCAAACUAUAUUGUUCAGCUACUUGAUUCUUUCACUCACGAAGGCCCUAACGGAGUUCACCAAUGCCUUGUAUUUGAGUUGCUUGACCGUUAUGUUGAUAGAGUCCUCGCGGAUUACCGCGAGAGCCUUGAUAAAAUCUGCCCAGAAACUGUACUUCGGAUGUCUAGACAGCUUCUGAAAGCUCUCGAGUUUAUACACAGUGUCGGCAUGUGUCACGGUGAAAACGAACUUUUUGAAGUUCUUGGGACCCUAGAAAUCGAGCCGCUGGUCCGUGUUGAUGACGCACCUUUGCCAGGCAGUUUUGAUUAUCACGUCGAUUUGUGGCGCGCAGGGUGCAUGUGCGAUGGCAGGAACCCUUGCGCACGAUGUAAAAGCCUCAACACACCCUGUUUGCGCCAAAUCAGAGCGAUCGAAUUCCGCGACCAAGGCCCGGCCUUGCGACAGAAAUAUCGGUCGACGUCGUCGCAGCCCUCGCGCCUCUCAUCGGUCUUGGAUCGUGAAGGUGAUCUUCCCUUGAGGUCGACCCGGUCCAAUAUCCAGUAUCUGCCGGUUGCCUUUCCGAUCAACGAAACGGUGUCGCAUUCGCUGUCCGUUACCGCCGCCUCAUCCCUGCAGACCCAAGUAUUCACCAACUUCGUCCUAUCAGCUUUUCCCUGUUAUUUCAAAUGCACCGAGACCCAAGUGCCGGUAAAUUGGGUGGAAUAUGUCGAAAAUCGGAGAGGGACUAAUUCAUGUUUCGAUUGGGCUCUCCGCGCUUGCACUACCUCCUAUGCAGGUGCUGUGCACAAUGACCAGCGACUUCUGAAAGAAGCUCGGGUGAUGUAUAUUCAGUCCUUGCGGUGCCUUGGCGGGUUGUUGUCCGACGUCUCUACGGCCAAAUCAGACGAGGCCUUGGCGACAGCUAUUACCCUCGCGGUUUAUGAGAAGCACCACUGUACAGAUGCAGACUCGUGGCUCAAACAUGCGUCAGGGAUCCGAACACUGAUGAAGCUCCGGGGUCCGUCGGCUCAUCUUCAUGGGUUCGGUUGUGCCAUGUAUGUCGCUUAUCGAGGCUUCUUAGUCACAGCGGCCCUGGUAUCUGGGGAAGAAUGCUUUCUGCAGGAGCCUGAGUGGCAGGCCCUCAAUGAAGAAAUUGCCGCGAACAAUGCCAAGCUGCCCGAUUCAUCCUUGUAUACGGAUGUUGUGGAGCGUGGCUUUCUCGAGGUCCUGAAGAUACCCGGGCAUGUAAAGCAAGUGCGCAAGUUGCUCUCCCUUUCAUUGGAGGAGAGGGCUAGGCGUCAGCCGGACGUCUUGCGUAGCGUUCAGGCUGCCCGCGCGGCGCUUCGAGGGAUUAACACGGAGUUUGGUAUCUCGGUGUCAAUGCGUCGUACUGGUCAAGAUGCUCGACAGAGCUUCAUCGGCCCGUCUCCACAUUUCUUUCUCGACGGCUACUCGGCACUUUUCGCGAGUGGUGUUGGCUCGGGCCUCUUGAUCCUCAACCAGCUGGUCCUUGCCAUAGAUCCGACACAGCGAACCUCGCUCGAGUUAGAAUGUCCACUUCUUUCGGGGGAUAGUUGUUCGAGCCCAGCCAGCUCCGAAGGUUCUUUGAUACGCCCUUUAACACCUCCGGACUCGCCACAUGCACCGCAGCUAGUAGUAGAGUCCUUGAUCACUCCCACCUACAGAAAGCCGCCUACGACAGACUGGAUGGAUCACAUUGCAGGGACGAUGGGUAUGGACGGAGUACGGGUGAGUUUGCUUGAAUAA